AUGGUUGGUGCUCCGAUGAGGGCGGGCCAGGUCAUGAACGACUGGGAUGGAGUGCAUGCUGUUGACGUGACCAUGGCCAGAAAUUGCUUCAGCCUUGGCCACGAAGGUUUGCUUGCUGACACAGCAGAGAGGUAUUGGCGCGAGAAAGUCUCCAAAGCAAAGGGCAAGGCCAAGACGAAGGGUAAAGUCGAAGCACCGUCGGCUGGGUGCGCGCAAUCUGUGCAUCACAGCAAAGGCCGGCAAGUAGCAAGCUGCGAAGGCUUGCGAUCGGAAGAGCUUGACGAGGCGGAGCAAGAGCUGCUCGGACCAGCCACUCGCGAAAAGCUUUCCUCGGCGACAGCGCGAAACUCGCGGCGGAGUCACGUGGACGAGGUCGAUGAGUCAACAUGGAAGCAUGCAACAAGGAGCCGCGAACAUCACGUGAGUUGGCUUCUGGCAGCUCAAGAGCAGCUGCUCCAGCGAAGUGGCCUUUGUGAGCCAGCGAAGCCCUUCUUGGCUGAAGAAGCGAAUGGCACGAGUCUGAUGGAUGAAAAUGCUGCUCGUCGGCGGCCUGGUCGGGCAUGUAUUGGUGCAUCGGACCGACAAUGUUCAACAUGGGAGCGCACUUCUGAGUUGACCUUGACUUUGACGGGCGAUUUCGUGGAUGAACUUGCCAGAGGAUAUUCACAACCCUGGUUUCAGGAUUUAGUUCGACAAUGCAUGGAGGAAUCUGGCGACCAGCAAACAUUGCUUGAGCGGCUUCAUGAUGUUGCGUUUGAGGUGCAGAAGCCGGUUUUGGAGAACUGGGGUUUCGAAGGCAACGACCAAGGACUGUUUGACAUGACGUCAAUCCUGCGGGAGCAUUCCGCCCAUGGCCCUCUAUGGCUGCAAGAAAAAAUUUUCUCAUGCUUGAGAUUGUUGCUUCCAUGUCAGCAGGAGUCCGCCGUCGGUAGCCAGCAAGCCGAUGCCAAAAAGACUGUCCCUUUUGGUUUGAGUGACGAGUUCGAACGCCGGCAUUUCGAAGGCGACUUUCUUGGUGCAGUAGCAAGAGCACCGGUUUCUGCUGGUGAGGCUGUCACAUGGUUUCCCUCAGCCGCUUUUGGGUUGUGUCCAGGGUGGGAUCUUCAUGGGACAAACAACUCCGCGAGGUGCUGUCUGAAGCCAUCGGUCAAAUAG